UUCCCGCUAGCCGAGCGGGUCGGUCUACGACCGCCGACAAAGCGUCGCAUCGUUUUGCGUGAUUGCGUACGCGGAAGUGAGAACCGAACGAGCGAUAUAAAUCUUGAACGCCGUACCGGACACUGUACUGUGUAGAAUAAUAUUUUUUUAUCGACUACCGCACCAAGGGGGUGGUGGAGGGAUAGAGGGGGCCCGGAAAGUGAGGAACGCACAAUGAAUGAAUCUACGAAAGCAGGGAAUAUGGCUACAGACGGAAUUCAUGGGUCGGGCAAGCAGCAAAUGGCCCCCUCUGUGAACCACCAACACGACAACGGGACUAGCGACGAGCUGGUGAGCUCAGUGACGCUCUGCAGGCGAAGGCCCCGGCUAUUACACGGUACAGUUCUCCCGUUUUUGGCUAUUCUCUACCCGGGCUGGCUGUACGCCUGGUUAGGAGUGUACGGGGCCACCGAGUAUCCGGAGGCAGGCCUACUGGCGCUGGCCGCUAUCGGGAUCGCGCACGUCCUGACGGCGCUGUCUGGCUAUUGGUCGGUGCACGCGCACUGCUGGCUCACCUGCUCCAAGGAACCAGACCCACAAAAGGCUACACUGGCAAAGGUCAUACCGACACCAAACAACGGUUCUGCUGAGCUAGUGGCGCUUCAAAGGGACCAGGAUGAAAAUGGCGAGGGGACUCUCUCCUUUGAGUUUCAGAAGAUUCGUUACAUCUUUGACAGCAAAGAGAAGAAAUGUUUCCUCCCAGUGGCGUUUCCCAUCAGUCAGCCAAUGGGCUACUUUCAGGCCUGGCGUGGCUACCAGGAGGAGGCAGAACUGCGAGUUGCAGAAAAGCGCUAUGGCACCAAUUGCGCUGAGAUGGUGGUGCCGGAUUUCCUGGAGCUCUUCAAAGAGCGAGCUACUGCUCCAUUUUUUGUGUUCCAGGUCUUCUGUGUGGGGCUGUGGUGUCUGGAUGAAUACUGGUACUACAGUGUCUUCACACUCUUCAUGUUGGUGGCAUUUGAGGCCUCCCUGGUCCAGCAGCAAAUGAGAAACAUGUCUGAAAUCCGACGCAUGGGGAACAAACCAUAUAUGAUCCAGGUAUAUCGAAACAGGAAGUGGAGACCAGUAUCUAGUGAUGAGCUUGUCCCUGGAGACAUUGUUUCAAUAGGGCGUUCACCUCAGGACAACUUGGUACCUUGUGAUGUCCUCCUCCUCAGAGGCCGUUGCAUUGUGGAUGAGGCCAUGCUGACCGGAGAGUCUGUCCCCCAGAUGAAGGAGCCAGUGGAGGACCUUGACCCAGAGCGAAUACUGGACCUCCAGACAGACUCUCGUCUCCAUGUGAUCUCUGGCGGAACCAAAGUGGUCCAGCACACCUCACCUCUGAAGGCCAGCGCUGGUCUCAAACCUGUAGACAAUGGCUGUGUGGCCUACGUACUGAGAACGGGAUUCUAUACCUCUCAGGGUAAGCUACUGCGGACCAUCCUCUUUGGUGUCAAAAGAGUGACAGCAAACAAUCUGGAAACCUUCAUCUUUAUCCUUUUCCUCCUGGUGUUUGCCAUUGCUGCGGCUGGCUACGUGUGGAUAGAAGGGACCAAGGACCUGAGCAGGAACCGCUAUAAGCUAUUUCUAGAGUGCACUCUUAUCCUCACCUCUGUGGUACCACCAGAGCUCCCCAUAGAGCUCUCUCUGGCAGUCAACACAUCUCUCAUCGCCCUGGCUAAACUUUAUGUGUUCUGCACAGAGCCUUUCAGAAUUCCAUUUGCUGGGAAGGUGGAGGUCUGCUGCUUCGACAAGACGGGAACCCUGACUAGUGACAGUCUGGUGGUGCGAGGAGUGGCAGGUCUCAGGGAAGGAAAGGAGGUAAUGCCGGUAUCUGAAAUCCCAGUAAACACCCAUCGAGUGGUGGCCACCUGCCAUUCGCUGGUCACCCUCGAUGAUGGACAGCUGGUAGGAGAUCCACUGGAGAAAGCCAUGCUGACUGCUGCGGACUGGACCCUCACUAAAGAUGAGAAGGUGUUUCCACGUGGCAUCAAAACCCAGGGACUCAAGAUCCACCAGCGUUUUCACUUCGCCAGUGCGCUGAAGAGAAUGUCUGUCCUGGCCUCCUACGAGAAACUGGGUUCCACUGAGCUCUGCUACAUUUCCACAGUCAAAGGAGCCCCAGAGACACUCAGGCGAAUGUUCUCAGAGUGUCCAGCGAGCUAUGACGAGGUUCACAGUGAGAUGUCCCGAGAAGGGGCCAGAGUGCUGGCCUUGGGAUACAAAGAGAUGGGACACCUCAGCCAUCAGCAGGUGCGGGAGAUGAGUCGAGAGGCACUCGAGUGCGACCUGCAUUUCGCCGGGUUCAUCGUUGUUUCCUGCCCCCUCAAGAGUGACAGCAAGGCUGUCAUCAGAGAGAUCCAGGAAGCAUCACAUCACGUGGUGAUGAUCACGGGUGACAACCCCCUAACGGCCUGCCAUGUGGCAAAAGAGCUUCACUUUAUCCAGAAAGAACACACACUCAUAUUGCAGCCAGGUCCUUACCCGGGUGAGUGGCAGUGGGAGUCCAUAGAUGGCAGCGUGCAUAUACCACUACCCCCUCCUUCAAUUGCCUCAUUCAUCCAUCAGUAUGACCUUUGCGUGACGGGUGAGGGGCUGACAAGACUGAGCUUCGAUUCCCGACUACUUCGCGCCCUCCUGCCGCACGUUCGAGUGUUUGCCCGGGUUAGCCCAAAACAGAAGGAAUUUGUGAUAACUAGCCUUAAGGGCCUCGGCUAUGUGACAUUGAUGUGCGGCGAUGGAACAAACGAUGUAGGAGCUCUCAAACAUGCCCACAUAGGUGUCGCACUGUUAGCCAACGCCCCUGAGCGCAUGCCAGAGAGGAGGAAAAAGGGGAAGGAAAAGGAGGCAUCUCUGGCAGAGACCAGACCUUUGCCACCUCUUGCAACUUCAGGAGGCAAGAUGAACUCAAGGGCAGCCAGGCAGAGGGUGAUGGCUCAAAGGGAAGAGCAGCUAGCAGCACAAAAGGAGAGGAUCAGCCAAGUGCUGCGGGAGCUUGAAGAGGAUCAGAUCCAAGUAGUGAAACUAGGAGACGCCUCCAUCGCUGCCCCAUUCACCUCCAAACUGUCUUCUAUACAGUGCAUCUGUCAUGUGAUAAAGCAGGGCCGUUGCACUCUGGUGACGACACUCCAGAUGUUUAAGAUCCUGGCUCUGAAUGCCCUGGUGCUGGCCUACAGCCAGUCUGUCCUCUACCUCGAGGGGGUCAAGUUCAGCGAUUUCCAGGCUACACUGCAGGGCCUGCUGCUGGCAGGCUGCUUCCUCUUCAUCUCUAGGUCAAAGCCACUGAAAACCUUGUCAAGAGAGCGGCCCUUACCAAACAUCUUUAACCUAUACACGGUGCUGACAGUACUUCUACAGUUUGGUGUUCACUUCUGCAGCCUGGUGUAUCUUUACAAAGGGGCACAGAGCAGAAGUCCCCCCAGAUCAGAGCAGUUUGUGGAUCUGUAUAAAGAAUUUGAACCCAGUCUCAUCAACAGCACCGUGUACAUUAUGUCCAUGGCCAUGCAGAUGGCCACCUUUGCCAUUAACUACAAGGGUCACCCAUUUAUGGAGUCUCUCAGAGAGAAUCGACCGCUGCUAUGGAGUAUUGCCCUCUCUGGUUUAGCCAUUGUGGGACUGCUGACUGGCUCCUCACCAGAAUUCAAUGAACAGUUUGCUCUAGUAGAUAUUCCAACUGAGUUCAAACUAGUCAUUGCCCAGGUUCUUGUGGUGGACUUUGUCGCCGCCCUUCUGGUGGACCGUGUCCUGCAGUUUCUGCUGGGCAAAGGAACUCUAAGGAUGCCUUCUUGAACUGAUGCCAACAACAACCGCUGCUCUUAGCAACCAAACUGUAAAGGGAGAGGAGAGGACUAUGAAGGAGGAGGUGGAGGAGGAAGCUGUUGUGACUUACAGCUGUUGUGUCGGCACAGACCAGCUGAGACGGUCACGACGAGUGCCGCACACUCCCUAAGUGUAUACCCCAUCCUUCAUCCCGGGAUAUACACCCCGCCCCCCCAACCACCAGCCAUUACCACUUCAUCAAACUCUGUUUCCAUUCCCUCGUUUCAGUUUCCUUGUUCUUCACCAUCUCCCUUUUUUUCCUCAAUUUCUCUCCCUCGCUCCAUCCCCCUCCUACAGAAGGCCGAGAAGACAGCAGUAUUGUGUGGAGUGUGAGACUGAGUGCCACCCCAUGUGAAGCGCACAGGCACACAACAGGGGCAUUCUCUGAGAGAAUUGCAAAGUGUUUUCAGUUUUUUUUUUCCUCCUUGAUUUUUGUAAAAGGAUAAAUAAAUCUCUUACAGACUUAUAAAAAACCUUAGAGAUUCAAAUUAGACAGUUUGUCAUGUUAAUCAGUGUGUGCAGUUUGUGACUAAGGGAUGACACCUGCAGCAGGUCAAAUUAUGCCUCUAACAACACAAAAAGUUCUAUCGUCCUUGUGUAUGUCACAAGACUAAGACAACUAGCUUAGUGGGGCAGUAUCCAGUUACACAUUGGUCUGAGAUGAGGACAAGUCUCUUGGCUCCUGAGAUAAAUCGAAACCAACUCGUGUUUACAGACAAACACGCUAACUGAUGCACACGGUGAUCAACCGACAACCCUUUACCUUCCAUUCAAACUAUCAUAGACCUACGCAUGAUAAACACCGAGCUGUUGCAGCUUAAAAAAAAAAAUCCUUUAACAUCUCUUUAACCCCGUUACCCGGACUGUAUCCAAGCCACAGUUCUUUCUUGGGUCAGACUAGAAAUGUCACACAAAGGGGUGUCCAGGUAGUGUAGCGGUCUAUUCCGUUGCCUACCAACAUGGGGAUCUCUGGUUCGAAUCCCGCGUUACCUCCGGCUUGGUCAGGCGUCCCUACAGACAUAGUUGGCCGUGUCUGCAGGUGGGAAGCUGGAUGUGGGUCCUGGUCGCUGCACUAGCGCCUCAUCUGGUUGGUCGAGGCACCUGUUUGGGGGGGGGGGGCUGGGGGGAAUAGCGUAGUCCUCCCAUGUGCUACGUCCCCCUGGUGAGACUCCUCACUGUCAGGUGAAAAGAAGCGGCUGGCGACCACGUGUAUCGGAGGAGGCAUGUGGUAGUCUGCAGCCCUUCCUGGAUCGGCAGAGGGGGUGGAGCAGCGACCGGGACGGCUCGGAAGAGUGGGGUAAUUGGCCAAGCACAAUUCAAUUCAGAGAAAAAAAGGAGGGAAAAUCCUAUUUGAAAAAAAAAAGAUGUCACACAAAGAAAUCCUACCAGACACUACGGGAUUCCUACUGGUGUUAGAUCAGUCCAAGGCAAAUCACUUCACUUAAGAGAAUCACUUAAGGGCCAAGAAAUCCAAAUGAACAGCUCUGCCUAAGGACCUAUAGCUGCAGUAUAGAUAAUCAUCGUCAGUGUGAAUCAACACAAAUUUAAGUACCCUGAUUGACGAGUCAAACUAAAAUUAUUGGAACCGUCAGCCCACAAAAGAGUCAACAAUGCAUUGCCUCCGUUAUAAAAAGGCAUUAUUACACUUCUUGUCAUGGUAGCAUCAGUACAGUUAAUUUUUUUUUCUAGGAUUAAACAGGUUGCUGCUGAUCACGAUUUCUGUGCAGUUUCAGACUUAUUAUGGUGGUUUAUUAUAAACUCACCAACAUGGUAAAGGUGGAAGUUGACCCCCCCCCCCCACAUUAAGACAAAUUUAGAGCUUUCCCACUAAUGGACCUUGAAGUAUUUUGCUGAAAAGAGGAAUCAUGACACAAUGACAGCCAGAAUUUGUCUCCUGUGUAAAAUCAAAUUAAUAUCUGGGCAAGCUGUUGCUAACUGAACUGCCUUGAUUUAUUACCCCGACCAAAACAUAAGCUAAGCCUUAUUGUUUAAUGACUGUUUACUCACCCUCAGGAAUAAAAGUGAAACUAA